GGGCCGGCGGGUGCGCCCGGAGAGCGCGCUUCGCCCCCUAGAGGCGCCCGGACGCCGCGCGCUCAGCCGUGCCGAGAGUCGGAACUCGGGUUUCCGUUGAUGAAAACUUUCCGCUUUCCCGGGCAGCGACUCUCACCCCGAGAUCCUGAACUCUUCCCGCACACCUGCGCUGCGAUUACAGACUGUGGCCGCCGGAGGGCAAGGUCAGCGCUUCAGAUCAGCUAGCUGGCUAUGUGGUGAGCUCAAGGACAUCAUCGAGCAGGACGACAGCCAUCAGCGAGCUCUUCCUGUCUGUUCUGAAUGUGUUCUCGCUGGCUCUGGCCUGGCAGGAUGGUGUCACAGUCCAUGAGCUGGCGAGAUUCUCCUGCGGUCCCCUGGGAAGGGAUCAGCCAUGACUCUGGAGACACUGACAGUUCGGCGAGCCUCCAGGACACAAGGCCCUCGCCUUGCCAGUUAGAUGUCAGGUUCACAAGGCGCAGAGCUGCCUGGAUUACUCCCUCAUGUGUGCAGCAGCCACCGCAGGACUUGGCACCCCAGCUGCCAACAGCAAGGAACAGUGAGAAGCACUUUAAGGCCCAUUCUUCCUCUGCCUUGGACCCUUUGCUGCUGUCCCUCAGUGACCUGGCAGAGACGUCGUUAUCUGAAGAUACCACAGACUCCGUGGGCAGAAGCAGUGCCCACGGCUCAGGGGAAAGCGGUAACAGCUUCUCCUUGGCCUCCACAGAGGAGCCCGUGGCACUCCCAGGACAGCCUCCGCAGGCAUCUCUGUGCUCAGGCUCCAACAUUUUGACCACUUCCCCAACGCCUGGGAUCGAACCUGCUGAGUCUUCCCCCUUGACAGCUUCUGAGGAUGAAGGUGUCGUGCAAGGCAGUAGAACAGCCAUUGCUUUGAAUUCCUUUCCACCCGAGGCAUUCAUGCUGCCUGUGGACAUAGAAAAGGAAAAUACCCACUUUUACAUUGCAGAUAUGAUUAUAUCAGAAAUGGAGAAAAUGAAGUGUCACAUUCUGAGUCAGCAGCAGACACAGCUCUGGGGCACAGGCGAAGUCGGCAGUUCACUUGGGAAUGACCGGGCUGACUCUGAAGCUGCCUCCUACAGCCACGAAAAGCAAGAGUCUGGCUCUUCCAGUUCUUCAGACAGUGGCUAUGAAGGUUGUGCUGUGUUACAGGUUAGCCCAAUGGCUGAAGCACCUUCUUACAGUAAUGUGCUCGAAGAGGCCAGCAAAUGUGACUUGGAUGAAUUUGUCAUUUUAAAACUUGAAGAGUUUAAUGAUAUCGUAGAAACCCACAGGUGCACCUGCAGCGCCUCUACAAGUGUUACUUACGAUCCAGACUUCAAUUCUGCUGAGCGAUUAGCCAGAGAGUUGUACCAAGUAUUCCAGAAGUCCUGGAAGUUUUCACUCGUCAGUUAUCAGCUGGAAGGCACCCCGAAGGCAUCCAGCUCAAUAGUUAUAAAUGAAGAGCAUGUCCGAAAAGACUUUGAAUCUAGUAUGGAUGUAGUACAGGGAAUUAAACUUAAGUCUAGGAUGAGAGGCAUUGAAGACUGGGAGCCCCCUAGAUUUCAAAUCAUAUUUGAUAUUCACCCACCACUCAAGAGAGAGAUGGGGGUAGUGGCCCAGAAUUUUUUCUGUGCUGGCUGUGGAGCUCCGAUAGAGCCUAAGUUUGUGAAGCGGCUCCGGUACUGUGAAUACCUGGGGAAGUAUUUCUGUGACAGCUGCCACUCCUACGCCGAGUCCUGCAUCCCUGCGCGGAUCUUCACGAUGUGGGACUUCAGGAAGUACUAUGUCAGCAAUUUCUCCAAACAGCUGCUCGACCACAUAUGGCACCAGCCCAUUUUCAAUGUGCUGAGCAUCCACCAUAACCUCUCCGCAAAAGCCAAGGAACUCGACAGGGUGAAGGACAUCCAGGAGCAGGUCUUUCAUAUCAAGAAGCUGUUGAAGACUUGCAGGUUUGCUGACAGUACGUUAAAGGAGUUUGAGCAGGUGCCCGGACACCUGACUGAUGAGCUCCACCUGUUCUCCCUGGAGGACCUCGUCAGGACCAAGAAAGGGCUGCUGGCGCCCCUGCUCAGGGACGUUCUGAAAACUUCCUUGGCACACGUGGCCGGCUGUGAGCUGUGUCAGGGAAAGGGCUUCAUUUGUGAGUUUUGCCGGAGUACAACUGUCAUCUUCCCAUUUCAGACUGCAACAUGUAGAAGAUGCUCAGCGUGCCGGGCUUGCUUUCACAAACACUGCUUCCAGUCCUCGGGCUGCCCGCGGUGUGCACGGAUCACAGCUCGGAGAAGACUUAUGGAAAGUUUGCCCUUGCCAGCCACCUGAUGUCCAAGUGUCUUGUGGAAAACACUGUUCAACAUGGCUUAUGUAACGGUGAUUUGUGGCAUAUUAUCGGUCGUGCUGCUUCAGGCAUCAGAAAUUCCUCGUUCUGUAUAUUUGAGUCUUAGAAGAAUGCAGUCUUUGUUACUAAACAGUUGUUACUAACAGUGUUAUUUAUAAAUGUUUGACAUUUUUGCUGCUAUUAGGGUUUUUUUUUAAACAGACUUGUUUUUGAUACUUCUUAAAUUUUAUUGGAAUGGUGUUUAGCUAAUUUCUGAGCCCUGUACUAUUUUUUAUGAGUUGUAAAUGACAAGAUGAAUUACUUCUUUUUUUAAAGCUUGUUUUUUGAAACUGGUAAUUGCAGUGAACAAAAAUCCAACCAAAGAUCUAUUUCGUCAGACUUUUUUUUUCUUUCAGGAAACAGACUAUAUUUAAAUACCUGUGUCAGACAUACAUAUUUAUUCCAGGGUUAGCGUAGAGAGUACAUGUUACUUCCGCAGUCAUAUCGAUUUCAAUGUGAAUUUAUCUCCGCAGGGCCGGGAUUCAGUAGAAAUGUAAUUUGAAGUGGAUGCCUCUAGACGGCGCUGUUUCAGGGGCGCACACCAGCCUGUAUUUGUGAUCACUAUGUCACAUUAAUCCCUGACUCAAGGGAGGCAGAGGUGAAUAAAACUUCACCCUCAUAGCUACUUUAAAAAUUGAAUGUAGGUUAUUUGAAGAGUUAAAUACACUGAGAGAAAAUACACUUACUGAACAGUGUGAUCCAAGUAAUAACACUAGAGUUGUUGAUAUCAAGUAAUAAGAUUAGAUGAGAUAGGUGUGGUGGCACAUGUAAUCUCAGCACUCAGGAAGCUAAGGCAGGAGCAUUGCAAGUUCAAGGCCCACGUGAACCACAUGGCAAAUCCAAGGUCAGCCUGAACUACACUGUGAGACUCAGUCUCCAAAAACCAAAAAGCUUACCAUAAUAAUAAGUUUAGGAGAAUCACAAAACCGUGAACUCCUUUUUCCUGGUGCUUCUCAAUUUGUGUGCCUCCCUGAAACAUGUGACCUAGCCUAUUUUUUUCUUCAGCGUCCUGUACCCUCUCUCCUACUUGAGAAAGGGAUGCAGCCCCAUAUCCCUUAGUGGGACAUCUGGAGGCCGAGUGGUUUGCAGGGUAGGACUGCGUACAGACAUGCCCCCUACGCCUCUACCUGAACCACAUGGCAAAUGAAGGUAACGAAAGCCAUCAAUCUGGUGUCUUCAUUUUGUUAGCUUUUUCUUGUCUCUGGUGCUUCUGACAAAGCACGUAGGAUAAAUGCAAUCUAAUUUCAAACACCAAUAGCUUGUAUUUUCUCUUAGGAAUCAAGGGUCAGAGUUUCAUGUUCAAUUCCUUAAAAUAACCAAGUGUCAGCAGCUCCAUUUUAGAGAUGAGGAAACCAAAACUUAGAAAAAAGAAGCAACUCACUGGUUUCUGUGGGUAGUAUGUGGUGGAACUGGCUUGGCAGUUGAUUCUGCCCGCCUCCAAAGCUUGUGUUCCUAGCGCAGAAUUUUGGGAAUCUUUUUAAGAAUAGGAGCUGAAACAAAAUUAACAUGCUAAAUAAGCCACAUCAGGGUGUGGUGGGGGGUGUUUUCCACAUUGUUUCCUUGUGUUGAGUUGAAGUAAAGGCUCAGACAAGCACUGCUUUAAGGUCUGGGUUUAAGGACACUGUGUUUGUGAGGCACUUGUCUGUAAGUUAUGUGUGUGCACAUGCACGCGCGUGUGUAUGUUGCGUGGUUAUUUGUGAUGAACCUUUUGUUACUACCAGUGCACAGUCAUUGCCAGGAAGAGAUACUUUUCUUUUCUUUUUUUUCUUUUUUCUUAGGAAGAAUGAGGUAAUUUAAACAACUGCUCCACAGCUUUCCGGACACUCAGGUCCUCCCCAGCAUGGCUUCCACCUGGAGAGGUUCCUGUUAGAACAGAGAAGUGGCCUCUGCCCACUGGCAGCACCCAGUAGGGAAGUGUCUAUGGUGGCGUCUGUGCUGUUUGGUGGGAUUCACUUGUCGGGCAGGGUUUCCAUUUGGCCCUUCCUGAGCUGCUGGAAGGAGCUUUGCGUUGCCCGUCAGCUCACCUGUCAUCCACUGGGAGGCUCUGUGACCGCGUUGUGAUCCUCAGUGAUCAGGUUCCUGCCUUUGCCUUCCUCAGCUGGACAGCGGCAGUGAGCUGUCAUUUGCAGUUCAGAGUCUCACCUGCGGGUAGACAGUUAUCACCACUGUGAGGCACAGGAUAUGGGCUGAGAAAGGGAACCUUCCUGAAGGCCUGCCGGUAUGCUGACCUGGGUGAGAGUUACUAGUCAGGGCUUUGGGUUGAAUCCCAGGACUGCUGCUUUCUACCUGUGCAGCUCUGGGUGAGCAGUUCCCCUGAGCAGAGCUCCGUUUGUCCAGUGAAGGAUAGUGCUACAUGCAGUAGACAUGAGAGUGCAGAGAGCACACAAGAGGGAUUACUGUAAGCAAGAGCCCAGUAGGCGCUAAUAAUUAGAUGCAGACGGCUUGGAAGCCGAGUCGUAUCUCCUGUUUUCUUUACCUCUGGGAAAGUUACUCCGAGCCUCAAUUUGCCACAUGAGGAUUAGAACAAUACCUACGAUUGUGAGUUGACCUGUAUUCCCCCACACAUGUUGGAGUCCCAGCUCCAGACACCAGUGCCCGCGGCUGUAGCAGACCGGCCUGGUCCCUGUCACGGAACACGGGAAGUAUGGGACUGGAAGAGGAAACGGCGAGUGAGGUGAAGGGGGCUGCUCGGGAAGGGGCGGCUGCAGGAUCAGGCGGACACCUGGAUCAGCGUGGGGAAACGCAUCCUUGGCUGUGUCACAGUUCAUCUCUUCCGCCUUUCCUCCUUUCCAGCACGGAGAGCUGCCUGCACAUGCGUGCAGAUGCAGCAGAGCUGGCUGUCCCUGUUUAAUGCUGAAGCUGUCAGUUGUGUUUGUAGUCUGCCCACAAUGGCAUCACUCACGAGUUACUUUAGUUUCUAGUAAAGUGAGAAAAGAGAACUAUGAUUUCCCUUUUCAAACCAGUGGAGGAAUUAUUUAAAAAACAGAACCUUAAAUAUUCAUUUUAAGGGAGCAUGCUGAUAAAGAUGGAGACAAAGAAAACAAUGUGGAUCUACUUCACCCUCUCUAGUGAUGCGCUCCAAAGGCUCGUGGCUGAGUGGCUUCCUGACGUGCUGUCUGGCUGACAGGCUAGAUCUGGGGGGCAAAGAGCCAAGUCCCAAGCCCUUUCUGACACAUCCUCAGUGUUCCCUCCAGUGAGAAGAAAUCGGGGUGCAGCGGCUGCAUGAGUGCAUUUCAUUUCCCAUACCGGCACCCAGAGUCCUAGGCCAGAAACCAGAAUUGUGCCUGCCUUCAGGAACCUUCCUGCAGGCUUGCCAGGCAGUGAUGGGGAAGCUCCUGGUUGCUUAUUUAAGAAACUACUUCCUUCUGACACCAUUACUCCUACUAUCUUGUGCUGGUGCUCAGUCCCAUUCCCUUUAAUCAACUCCUAUUCACGGGUCAUUUAUUGAGCACAUACUGUUCCCAGGCACAGGAAGAGGCCUUUGAAGCAGGGCUGAUGUAGAGUGCAUUUACCGAGAUUGACACUUUCCCCUACACUCCCCUCAUUAUGGACCUCAGGAGUGCUCACCUGACCUCCAGAGGCUCUGAGGAAGGCCUUCUGUAUGCCUGCCCCACAGGAAAUGACCUACUAGUUCAUGAUGGACCAUCUUUCUUUUGUCAAGUUGUGGAUGCUGGCUUCCAUUAACUACAGGCCUGUAGGAAAAGCUGUGAGGUGCUCAUACUUCUCAGUGUGUUCACUGAUAAUCGGCUCUCACAGGCCACCCCCUUUGCUGGAAGGUGGCCAGUGUGGCUGCAGGGUAGCCUGUGGGACGCAAGUGGAAGGGACAUGCAUUACUUCUAGUGUGGCCUCCCACAUCCUGCUUGAUCUCAUUUCUCUCUGCCUGUCAGGAAGGGAAGGAUUGUGUGAGUGCAGUAAUACAGUUAAAAGUCCCAGCUCCCUGUGUGGAGAUUUGGAAAAGUGGGACCUGCAGGAGACUUCUUUGGAUGAGGUCCCGGGCUUGGUGGUACUUGUCCCUGCAGUGUGAGCUCGCAACACCCUGACUAACUCAGAAGUUCUGAUUCCUGCUCAGAAAAGGGGCUGAGGUAGGUUUGUCACGGGUCAGUCAGUCAGUCUGCUAGCACAGAACAGUUAGGAGGAGGGAUAUGAACAACAGCAAUUCAUCUCUCGUGGUUCUGAAGGCUGGAGGUUGAUGACCAAAGCCAACUCGGUGUCAGGGGCGGGUCUGCUUCCUGGUUCAUAGGUGGUGACUUCUCCCCGUGCCCUCACAGUGUGGAGGAGAAAAGGACCGUGCUGGGGAUCGUUUGGUAAAAGCACUAAUCCAUUCAGGAGAGCCGUACCCACAGGGUACCUAUGAUACCAUCAUUCCCGGGGUGAUGAAUCCUACGUAUCUCCUUUAUAGCGGACAUGCGGAGAGCGAGCUGUUCUAUUCCAAGUUACACACUGUUGUCUAGAACUCCUCGUAUUGAAAAAUAAAUGCGCGGGGCUGGGGAUUUAGCUCAGCGGCAUAGGUGCCUGCCUUGUAAGCGCAGGGUCGUGAGUUUGAUCCCUGGUACCGAUAAAAAAAAAAAAAAGCAAAAAAGAAUGCACAAGCGGAGGGAAAACACCUCCUUGUCCUCAUAUCGUUCUCCAGCCCCAUGCUCGCUUUCACAGCAACAUUUUUGAGAGAACGGUCUGUAAUUUUUAUAUUCAGUUCUAUACCUUCUGUUUUCUCCAUUACUUAUUCCGAUAGAGUUGUGGUCUCAACCACUGCACCAGAACUGUCAAGGUUACUGACAGUACCCACUAGUCCCUUUCAUUGCCUUCCUCUUAUUUUACCUCUCAGGCACAUUUUCCAGGCUUCCUGGUUUCCUUUAAAACAUAAUUAACAAUCAGAGACAGCUGCUCCAGGACCUGGACUUGUGACACCUGGCAAAUAACACAAGAAAGAAAAAAGAGGAAAGCUCUGGAAAUCAAGAAAGAACUAACAGGCGAACUAGAAAUCUCAGAGAAACUGGAAAAACGAAGAUAAUGGAGAAGAAAGAAAAAAACUGUGGAAUGGUCACGCGUGGUGUGGUGGGGAGAGAAGGAGCCCACUCACACACGGAGUGCGGCGGGGCAGCCACCAGGCUCCUCUCCCAAAUCCCACCCAACACACUGCUGUUCCCUCCAGGCCAGCCUCCGCACACUGCUGUGCUGUGCCGUGCAGCAGACACGUGGCCGCCAGCCCUUCCCCUGCAGGCCUUGCAGUGACGGGGCUGGCUCCGCAGCGUUCCAAGACCUGCUCCACACAGGGCAUCUUUUCUGUGUGGUUGGUGCCCGCGUGCUGCAGAAUGUUCAAUAAUGUGACCAUCAUAUGCUGGUUAGAGGAAUGGGACCAGAAACAUGUUUUCUCUCAUUUUUAUCAAGCACUUAAGAUUUUCUGCAUGGGGGCUGGGGAUUUAGCUCAGCGGCAUAAGUGCCUGCCUUGCAAGCAGGCAGUCGUGAGUUCGAUCCCUGGUACCGAUAAAAAAUGAAAAAGACAAAAAAAAAAAAAAAAAAAAAAGAUUUUCUGCAUGAAAAUUUAAAGUGCAGAGGAAAACAAGUGAUUUCCCACAAACAAAUGAUUCUCUACUGUUGGGAGCCGCGGCCGACACCGGUCACCUUACUUGGCGGACGUAGGGCCUGUGGGUGGGAGCGGAACCUGAGCUAGAUUGCCCCUCCCAUCGAGUGAGCCAAGUUGGCGCCUGCUUCCUGCCCCCUGAUUGCCCUGGCGACUUAAAUAACCCGCUCUGUAAGAUAGUCUGCCUAGCAACAACUGAUGUUAGCCAGUCAGCCCGCAUCGCGCGCUUUAAACUGAUUGGCUACUGUUACCCUAUAAAAGUGAAUGUCUCUCUCGCCACAAAAAAAAAAAAAACACAGAGAAAGCACAGAGAGAGAUAGAGAAAGUCCACCGGCGAGAAAGGGCUGGUGACAGAGCGGAGGCCUCGCGGGGCCCACGCAGAGACAAAUAAAGGCAAGGUUGCACACCGCCAGACUUUGUCGUGUGUCUUUCCUGCCGGCCGGGAGCGACCCCGACAUUUGGUGGCCCGUACGGGGACUGAUCAACCCCGAGACACGGCGGUGGUGUGCAACGCUCCAGCGUGGUGCUGCCGGACAGGUGAGUUGGGGAUAAGCCUGGGCUCUGGGUGGCGCGCACCUACAGGGCUUUUAGACUCCCCUCAGGCUCACGCGUAGGUGACGGGUUCUUUAAGUCACACACGGUGAGUAACAGCCCUUAGAGGUUAAAAAUGGGUAAUUUACCGAGCGCGGAGGCGCGGCCCUUGGUAAAGGCCCUUAGAAAGCUUUUAAAAGCUAGAGACCUCAGGGUAGGUCAAAAAACACUGGAACUAUUCAUAGCAGAGAUAGAUAGGGUGGCUCCCUGGUUUUUACCCACGGGGCAUUUAAACCUGCCGUCAUGAGAGAAGUUAGGCGGGGACCUCGCCUCGGCGGAAUUGGAAGGGGAUAUUUCGCCUGCUAUUCGCCCCCUGUGGGAAAUGAUACAUGCGUGCCUUGACUCCUAUGCCGAGUUGCGCCGCGAAUUGUGUGCGUGCGCCGCUCGAAAAAAGCAGAGAGAGGAAAAAGGGCCCCCGAGCGCUCUCUGGCGGGGAGGAGAUAGAGAGCCAUCCGCUCCGCCCUGGAGCUCUUCUCCAGAAGCGGCUCCCCACCGAGAGGCCGCUACAGGGAACCCUCCCUUCUCUCAGCCGGCACAGGAAGUGACGCCCCGUUCCACUCUGUCGCGACCGCCGUCCUAUGACGUUGCGCUGCGGGGCGGACGGUAUUUUCAUGGGCGGCUACUCUGCCGAGCAGGCUGAGAAAAAUGCCGGUCGAGGAAACGGGGGCUGGGGAUUUAGCUCAGCGGCAUAAGCGCCUGCCUUGUAAGCAGGCAAUCGCGAGUUCGAUCCCUGGUACCGAUAAAAAAAAAAAAAAAAAAAACAAACGAAAAAGACCAAAAAUAAAAAAAAUAAAAAUAAAAAAUAAAAAAUAAAAAGGGGGAGUAAGCCAAGGCCUGCCUCCAAAGGCGCGGUUAUCUAUGGCAUGACAAUGGAUGGGCCCGGAUCCGGUGGUUAGCUGGAACCGAGGCGCGGUUUGUGUUUUUCCGCAGGAACCGGGACGAAAACCACUGUGGGUCCCAGAGAGGUUGACGCGACAAGUCCCUCGACUGAAGAUCAGGCCUGUUCCACCAGGGGCCAACCGCAGACCCAACAACAAGAUGAGCCCUAAAAGAACUGCAAGACAAUCCCUUUUUGGGGAGCCUGGAAUGGCUUGCUCCCCUAUGUUUUACCAUUGUUAGGUCCCCUGUGCUCCUUGCUUCUGUUCUUACUUGUAGGACCAUUCUUGCUCCGAUGGGUUACAUCAUUUAUUAAUGGGUGCCUUGCGGCGGCCCGGCGUCAAGUACGCCUGGUUGCCCAUGCGGCCCUGGCAGCAGCCCGUGAUGGGCACAAUGACCCCCAGGCCUACGCAUGGCUCGCUCGACUGGCCUACGACCGGGUCUAGGGGUGGCGGGUCUUCCGCAUUCCUUCCCUAAUGACACCACACAGCAGGGUAGGUGAGUCAAUGACGGGUAAGAGCGUGCCUCCCCAGCACGACUCGACCUAAGCCAGGCCCUACCCCAUGGCGCACGAAAGCCGCUGGAUUACUAGAAUCUGACCAGAUCUAGAUGCCUCUCCGAGGGGAUCACACGGAGGGGCAUGAGUGCAUGCCUAUGUGCAUCCAGGUUCCGUCCAGUUCACUCCUGGCCCUGGAAAAAGGACGAGGGUCUCAAGGCCUUGGCGGACCCGGGGCGGCCGACCAGGGUCCAAGCCAAGGGCCUACGGUGGGCCUCAACACAGGGCAUAAGCCUCUGCACUCGAUCCAGUGCGGGCUGCGAUGCAUACAUUCAUUCAAAGUAAAUAAAUUAGGGGGAGAUGUUGGGAGCCGCGGCCGACACCGGUCGCCUUACUUGGCGGACGUAGGGCCUGUGGGUGGGAGCGGAGCCUGAGCUAGAUUGCCCCUCCCAUCGAGUGAGCCAAGUUGGCGCCUGCUUCCUGCCCCCUGAUUGCCCUGGCGACUUAAACAACCCGCUCUGUAAGAUAGUCUGCCUAGCAACAACUGAUGUUAGCCAGUCAGCCCGCAUCGCGCGCUUUAAACUGAUUGGCUACUGUUACCCUAUAAAAGUGAAUGCCUCUCCCGCCACAAAAAAAAAAACACAGAGAAAGCACAGAGAGAGAUAGAGAAAGUCCACUGGCGAGAAAGGGCUGGUGACAGAGCGGAGGCCUCGCGGGGCCCCCGCAGAGACAAAUAAAGGCAAGGUUGCACACCGCCA